AUGUGCGACAAAGCGUUCACGCGACUCAUUAGCGCCCGCAUAGGCCACACCGUCGCUCUCACGUCCGCCGCUGGUCGCGCUUUACCUUCGCCGGCUCUUGGCAGCGCACUGACAAUGUGGACCGUGGUCGGGCCUUUUGACGGCGAGGAGGAUAAUAAGGUCGACUUCAAGAAAACCAAGCUGCUCAGGCCAGGCAAUAGCUAUGUCGUCUCGCGCAAAGUGGGGCCGUUAGUGGUUAAACACAAAAGUAUUUCGCGAAAACAUCUCGUAUUCGAAGUCGCAGAGUGCUCAGAAGAAGACAUCGAGGACCCAGACCACGUCCCAAAGCUCACAUUACACAAUACCGGUGCACAAGCGCGCAAAGGCUUGCAUAUUGACGGUACCGACUUCGUGGUCAACAAGGAUGGCUCCACUGUACUGAAGGAUGGGGAUACAAUCGUGGCUUUGCACGACAUAGUCAUAACGGCGAAGUGGGAGAAGCUCGCAUGCUGCUACCCACCAACUGUCACAGAUGUCAAGGCGGAAGAUUGUGCCAGGCUCGCAAUUCCCGUGGUAUCCAAGCCACAUCCAAGUGUCAAUUACCAUCUCACUCCCACUUAUACUCUUACACCCGCAAUAGCAACCUCGCUAUUGAAUACCGCGACUUUUGUCAAGCCGACUUGGCUAACAGAGCUUAUUGCUCAUUAUGCGCCCCUAGACACACCGGACUCUGGAAAAGAUUACCACGUUCCCUCAACUUCAACACAUCGUCCGGCGUUUUCUCCCGCCUUGCCCUCCAGUCUCAAGAAUCACCGUUCAUGGGAGCCAAACGAAGCCCGCACGAGCAUGCUGCAGGGGCACCGAGUGUUGUUUGUUGGUGAACGAGGGAGAGAAGCGGGCGAAGACUAUAAGGAGCUUGUCAAGCAAGGCGGCGGCACGUAUGAGUGCUGCGCCGUCCAGGGCGGGCGCAAGGCCCUGCACGAUGUCCUGGCCAAGGCGCAGGGAAAAGGCGCCAGGAUCACGCUUGUGGCUGAUGCGACAGCAAUGGUUGCUGCCGUUGGACAAGACGAGUGGGAUGGAAUCGUCGAGGAGGUAACGGGAUAUGGUCUGCGAUUCAUCAGCUCAGAUAACCUCGUCCAGGCGGUGGUCCAUGUCGACCUGGCAUAUAUAGACUGUGGGGCGUCGCAAAACCGCGCUACGCAAAGUGGUAGUUCCAUCCCAGAUGUUGUUCUCAACACGCAUCCGGAGGAACCUUCUGCACCACCAUCGCUUCCACCAGCUGGGUCAGCGGAAGCUAAGCCAGAGCCGGCACCGUCGCCGCCACAACGGAAGCUCGUGCGGCGUGCGGCGACUGGGCAACCCUCAGCUGAGCCGGAACCGUCAUCAUCUACAACUGCCAAUACAACUCCAGCCCUAGAGGCUGCUACCAAUUCCGGCGAGCCGCCACAGGAGGAACAGCCUUUCAAGUUGCGACGGCCGCUUGUGCGAAGAACAGUCACAAAAGCGAACGACAACGUGAUUGUCGGAGUUGGUGAUACGUCAAUGGCGAUGGACGGUACUACUUCGGCCACUAACGAUGCUCCAAAACCCGUCGAGGACCUUCUCCUGUUCCGCCGCCCUAUCAACUUGAAACGCCGCCAUGGCGGUGCAGCACCCGCUCUACAGCCCCCGCCUCUGCCUCCGCCCAGCCAACUCAUUGUCGAGAGGCCGUCCGGCGAUGAGCCGCCGCACAAGAAGUUCAGGGCCCUGUUCGAAGAGAGUGAUCCCGACCGGAUCGCAUCCCAGUUACCUGUCGCCCAGAUUGGUACGAGCGGCAGCGCGGCGAGCGGGGCGUUGAGCAGCCAGACUCAGACCGAGAGCGCGAUAAGGACGCAGGCGCGAGCGCGAGAGCUCGCCUCGGUGCCUGAGGAGGAGGAGGUCGGUGCUGAGGCGAGUGCGUCCUCUGGCAUGCGGGAACCACAGAAGCGCAAAGCUCGUGACGAGGACGAGGACGUUGAGAUGCAGGACACGGAUGACGCUCGUCCGGUGAAGCGGCGCGGCGCCAGCGGGGAGCCCGCGACGGCGCCACCUCAAGCGUCCUCCAGCAAGCCCGCCGCCCCGACGAUCUUCACGAACGCCGCCAACAAGCCGGCGAGCAGCGGCCAGAAGCCUCCUAGCACGGGUCAGAAGUCACACGGCGCUGCAGCGGGAAAGCCGGAUACGGACGAGGCGUUCCUCAAGGCCGUUGCCUCUACCAAGCGGGGCAAGAAGCACGAGGACGACUUUGACCGGGAGUUCAACAAGCUUCGGAUCAGCAAGCCCGAGGUGCAGCGCGUCGAUCCCGAGGAGCAGUGGAAGGUCCUCGAUGAUUUUGGAGAUGACAAUGAUGUUAGAGGAAACUUCAUGGUAGUUGUUGAAAUGGACCUGAUCAGGAAGGACCGGAGGGAGGGACGUAGCGGCAUUGUGACGGAUGGAAGCGGCAGGAGGGAUUGGGAGGGGAGGCCGAAUUUCAAAAAGUUCAAGAAGAGAGCGAUUAACGAGCGACUCAGGCCUAUCGAGCUGAUUCUCUCAAACGAGGAUGACAUGCUUGGUUUCAAGGAUGAGCCGGACGAUAAUGCCCCUAGCUUUCCGCGCUCGGAAUCUCAGCGUAGGCUCAAAAACGAUCCACUUAGCCCUGUAUCGAAGCUGCAGAGGCCUCGCAGGCAACUACGUGACUCGGACUCGGAGGUGCCGCCGCCCAAAGCCUUCCGGCCGAAGGCCUCGCGGCCGCAAAAGAAGUCGACUCUGUUCGUCGAAAGUGACCCCGAGGACGAGGAUGAAGCAGCCGUGCCCGCCGACAAGGACGCAUCGCAGCGCGACGACAUGGGUAGCGACGCGGAAAUCAGCCCAAAUUCGACAAUCCGCACGGAAACGCAGCGGCGCAGCCAGCAGAGCGGCCUCGGCAGCCGGCGUCGCGAGCCUGCGCCGGCUGACGACGACUCGGACAACGAGAUGGUGUUCAAAGGUUUCGGUGCCGGGCGUUCGCAAAGGACGCAGCGGAGCACGCAGAGGAGAUAGGAGGCGAUGGAGUGUUUUACGGCAUAGCAUUAUAUGGACGAUCUAAGCGAUAUCCUGUGUGGCUGCAUGCUAGUGUGCAGACGAAUGCAUUGCUUUUCCUCGCAGUAUGCCGCCUUGAUGCCAGCAACUAUGCAAGCUGGGCGCGGGAGCAUUGUGAAGUCGGCUCGAUGAACUUGGCAGCUGUCCCGGGUGUCGUCCUCGGCAGCGUACCGGCUGGGCGUACCACUGCGUGUCGCGGGUCAGGACGGGCCAUCAUAUUUGGCGAUCGACACGGUCCUUGCUCAAGCGUGUAAUGUAGGCCCUGCUUACGAUGUUGACUGAGUA